AUGGAGGAGUGGAAUCAUUGUGAUGAGUCUAAUUCUAGCCCUGAGCCUCGUUCUUUUUGUAAGCCUCUGGGGCACAAUGCUAUAGUUCGGCGGUGUGCAGUUUGGGUCCCCCCUCCUGAGGGUGUUUUUAAAGUUAAUUUUGAUGGAUCCAAAUAUAGUGAUGGGCGAGCCUCUUUUGGGUUUGUUAUUCGGAAUUACUUGGGUGAUGCUAUUCUUGCAGGUUGUAACUCGCUGCCCUCUGACUGUUCUAUCGUUCAAGCGGAGGCUUUUGGUCUUUGGGAAGCUAUCAAGGCUGCCCAAUUUUGUAAUCUGCCGUGGAUCAUCAUAGAAGGCGAUAAUCUUUCGGUUAUCAACGCAUUUCUUAAAUCUUGGAAGCCUCCUUGGGUCAUCAAUUCUUUAUUGCAGGAUGUUUGGUGUGAUUUGGGUAAGUUUAACAGUGUGUCUAUUUCUCAUUGUUUCAGGGAAGCAAAUAGGGUUGCAGAUUUUAUGGCUCAUCAAGGUCAUGCGGCUCAGAAUCUCUGUUACAAGUUCCCGCCGUUUUCUGUUGAUUUCUCUCUUGUCAUCCGCAAGGAUGUUUUAGGCUGUCCUCCUGAUUAG